AAAGUCAAAAACCCCUCUCUAUACUCUCUCAUCUCUGUAGACUGUGGUGUAGAGACUAGAGAGAGACAUGAUAAUGAAUGAAUUGGGAAUUGGAGGAAGAGUAUGGAUAGAGUCCAGUGGUCGGAGCUCCCUACCGAAUUAUUAGCUGCCACCGCUAAACGUCUAAGCACCCGCAUCGACAUCCUCCGGUUUCGUUCCGUCUGCAGGUCAUGGCGAUACUCUGUUUCCCCCAAUUUCUUACCCCUCCAGCUACCUUUUCCGGCUAUCCCCAGGGAUUCCAUCAGAGAAACCAUUGGCGGUGUCUUCUCCCUUUACGAGACCACGGUUUAUCUUCUCCAACCAGCAGACUCUCCACAUGGACAUGGAGCUUCUUCCAAAGGUGGUUGGCUGAUCAAGGUUGAAGAACAGAGCCCUGAUCAUAAAGUUCUUCUCUUGAAUCCACUCUCAAGAACCCGAAUCAAGUCUUCGCCGCUCGCCACGUUUCCCGCUGUGUUGAACUUAUCGGACUUCCGAUUCUCCGAAUUGGGUAAAGACUAUAUUCUUCGCUAUUCCGGUUACCGCCCAUUGACCGUUUCUGUGCAUGAAUUUGAGGAGUUGUUUAUUAGGAAAGCGAUUUUAGCCCCCUCGGACUCGAAUCCUGUUUCGAUUGCCACCUCCCAUGAUUAUGCAGUUGCAGCUAUCUACCGUUCUGGAAAAUUGGGCUUCUUUAAACCAGGAGAUGAGGGGUGGAUUGUGCUGGAUGAUGAACCGCACCGCUACGAGGAUGUUGUGCACCACCAUGGGCAGUUCAUCGCAGUGGAUAGGUCGGGAAGAGCUGUAGUUGCUGACCAGUCUUCUUUCAAGGCAAGUUUAGUGGCACAUCCAAUAGUUGAUAGUGGCGUGAGAAAACAAUUGGUAAACUCGCUUGGAGAGCUGUUUUUAGUUGAUAGGUACCUCGACCGAGGCCCUGUCGUCUUUACCAAGGAAGAAGAGAUUGAAUGGUGUAAUACUGAUCAAGGUGGUUCCGACAUAGCAGCUCGAUUUAAAGUUUAUAAGCUGGACUUUAGUGAGCAGAAGUGGGUUGAAGUGAAAAGCUUGGGAGAUAGGGUUUUCAUGGUGGGUGACAGCCAUUCUUUUUCUUUCUCAUCUUGUGAUUUUUCAGGUUAUAAAAGGAACUCUAUCUAUUUUACACAUGAAUAUCUGUGUUUGUAUGAGGAAGAAAAUGGUGGCCUCAGCAGUUAUGAUGUUGGCGUAUUCAACUUGGAGGAUGGUAGUGUUAGAGUGUUAGCAUCUUUCCCAGACUACUCUCAAUUAUUUUAGCUGCUUUGGGUUUGGAGGUGUUGGAAGUAACUGCAGCAUUUUACAACAGUCCAACCGCCCGACACCUGUGCUGUGACUUGUGACUUGAAAGCCAGGUGUAAUGCUAAUGCUCUAUGCACAUCUCGUAUGUGGCACAUAUUCAACCAGCCUACAUCCUUGACAUAAGUCGUACUUUCCCAGAGUCUGUUUACCCUCUCUCUCUCGUCUCUCGUCUCUCGUCUAACACACUUACAAUUGUGGAAGAAGAAGAAGAAGGUAAAGAAGACGGAUGCGUAGCCGUCAAGUCCAGUGGUCUGAGCUCCCAAGGGAGCUGUUGACAGAGAUUGCAAAGCGCCUCACCACCUGUAUUGAGGACUUAACACGAGAGCAUCAUUUAUCGUCUUGCUCCACCGGAGGAGCCUCGCCAGCUACAUGCAGGAGGAGCUUGGCUUAUUAAGCUGAAACGAGAGACUCCACAGAAAAC